AUGCAUGAACGCAGGCAAGGAAACAACACUUGCACCAAACCCCGCAGUAGGCACCGCUCUGCCCCACAGGAAGCGGGUUGGCAUGGCUUGGGAGGGGAGGCGGGAUGGGAGGGAUUGAACCAGCUGGACAGUGGGCAGCUUCCACUUCCACUCCGCAAGGAUUUCCAGAAGGAUUUGGUUUGGCGAGGUGAGGCAUGCUCAGGGGGGCGCGGAUGGUCCCCCUUUCACACGGGGCUCGUGGCGGAGGCUGUGCUGGAAUUUCCUGGGCUCACAUCAGACCCCUUCCAAGCGCCAAGGAGCGACGUGGACCUCGCCUUACCCGCUGACUCUCUCCUCACCUCCCCGCAUUUCACGGACGACAGCGGCAUGCAAGACUCGGCAACCGCAGCGGUUUUGCAGCAGGAGUCGCUUCUCCGUCGCCAGAGAAUGGCCGCGUCGCUCUGCUCCGCGGGUUUCCCGUUCUCCUCCGCGCUCGCUUCGUCCCCCCUCUCGUGGCAAUCCCGCCUCUCCAACCCCCUCCUCAACUCCUCCUUCCUGUCGUCUACCAUUGACCCGCUCGGGCCGUCCGCGGCGCAGAUGCAGCUUCUCGAGUCGAUGGUCGCUGCGACGUCGCCGACCGGCAAUGCGAACCUCCUCAACUCGUCGCUUCUCAACUCCUCGCUUCCCAACUCCUCCUUCCUCACUCAUUUUACGCCCAGCGCCAAACGCGCCGCACCCGACGCUUCCGCGAGCGACGGCAAGACGCAACGGCCGCGGAAGCGCGGGCGUCCCUCGUACAAGGACCGCGCCGCGGCGGCUGCGGCUGCGGCUGCGGCUGCGGCUGCAGAGGCCGAAGCGAAGAAAGCCGCCGCAAGGGCGGCUCUGCGCGAGUCGGCGUUCGGAAGUGCCGGCCCUGAUAGCGACCGCGUGACUUCCCUCGGCGGAACCGCGGCUUCCGCGAACACCUCCGUCCCUCAGCGCAAAAUGCAGCGAAUUCUCCCCCGCGCCGUCCCCAUGCGCGCCCCGCUGGUCCCCGGCUUGACGCAAGUCCCUGAUUCCGCGGCGUUGAUGGCGGCGCUGCUCCCCCAGGCCACCUCCGACUUCUCCGUCGCUCUUCAGGCCGCACUCGAGCAAGCGCGCUGCCGCGCCGCGUUCGCCGAGGCGUUCGCCGCGUCCUCCGCCGUGGGGCCUUCGCUCGAGCAGCGCGCGCAGCUGUGGAUGGUGCGACUCACCGCCGCUGGCGCCACUGGUGGGCUCCCCUCGGCCGCGCCCUCCGCAAUUGACGCCGCACUUGCCGAUCUGUCUCCGAACAAUGUCUCAGUGAGCGAAGCGAAGCUCGCCGCAGCCGCCGCCGGGCUUCUCGCCGCGGAAGGCGGCGAUCCCAAGGACGCACUUUUCAGCAAGCUCUCGCCGGCCUCGCGCCUCGACGAGUCCGCCUUGGAAGGAGCCGCGUCGCGACAUGUCUCGGCUUCAGGCGCGAAGGAAGUCUCCCCGCCUGAAACUGGAGCCGCGGGAACAGGCGGCUCGUCGGUGACUGACGUUGCUGGGAAUGGCGCAACUGCAAUUGCUACUCCGCUGCCCGCAGGAGUGCUGGCCAUUGAUUGGAUGUUCGGGAACGGGCCGUCCGACACAAAAGAUUCGCGAUUUUUGCUGCCCGAAACGGCAGCUGAUUUGGAAGAGCAUGGCGACGAGACGGCACCGUCCCCUCACUCUCAGGCCAUGGGACAAGCCGCAGCAGAAAGGGCGGCGGCAGGGGCAGCAAUGGCGGCAGCAGGAGCAGCAGGGAGCAGCAAGGGCCCUUCCACCACCUCCACCUUUUUCCGACGACAGCCGGCGGACUCGACCUCGUCCCCCCCGGCUGUUGUCGUGGCAGCAGCUUUCGAGCUGCUUGCAAAGAACAUGGCCCCUCCUCUUGCUCCCCGGUCCUUCGCCUCCCUCCCUGCUGCAACUGCUUCUGCUGCUGUUGUUGGGCGCAGCGUCUCGGAUGAGCCAAGCUCCAUGGUGCCUGCUGUGCCGCAGAUGCUUCGGCGUGUGAGUUCUUACGCUACAGCUGGUGCUGCUAGCGCUGCCAAGGGCGGCGACAUGAGGAGUGUGAUGAUGAUGGUGGACGAAGAGCUCAGGAGCCUGCGACAGGCUGGCGCUAGAGGCGCAGCUUUAACGACCGGAUCCCAAGUGCAAGAAAAGGGGUUCAAGAACAGCAGUGCAGCUGCUAGUGCGUAUUGUAUUCCUGUGCCAGCGUACCUCGUUGUGCCUACUGGUGGUGCUGAGGACACUGUCGGGAAUGGUCCUUGUGGAAAGGAGAGCAACGUGCCCAUGGAUCUCAUGCCAAUGGCUUCUGACUGCCACGUUUUGAACCAGGCUUCCUUGGAUCUCACGCUGAAGCUGUGA